GUACUCCUCGGCCAAACCAAUAGUAGGCAUGCUACUCGGUAGCUGCCGAUAGAGUAAGGAGGUGGUACCAGUGGUCGGAUAUAUUAACAGGGAAGACACUUUGGACCUCACUCAUCGCUGUGAGCAGAGCUGUUUCGUUACUCCAGUAAACAUGACAGGGGGGACCAACAGAGUGUUAAGGUUGUGUCUGCAUCACAUGGCUCUGUUAAGAAGAUACCCGCAUCCCGGCUCAUCACUCCAAACAACCAGACCCUUCAGUUCACUCAGGGAAGGUAAGCGCAGAGGCCUGCUAUGGAAGACACUUGUUGGCAUCUCUGUCGGUACUCCGUUGGCAGUGGGUCUCCAGUAUGCUGUGUCCAAACCAAGAGAGAGGAGGAAGAUGAGGAUUGUGAUUGAAGGAUUUGUUCGCUUCUUCAGAUCCGUCUCUGUGGGAAUCUUUAUCUCUGUGGAUUACUGGUGGACCACCAAUGUGGCUCUUCGCAGCGUGGAUGAGAGCAGCCCAUCCUACUUGGCCAAGGUGUCAGCCUGCCACCAGAGGGCAGCAGAGCGCAUGGUGGAAGGAGCAGUGAGGAAUGGAGGAUUAUACAUCAAACUUGGCCAAGGUCUGUGUUCCUUCAACCACCUCCUACCCCCCGAGUACAUCCGCACCCUGCAAAUACUGGAAGACAAGGCCUUGAACAGGAGGUACAAAGAGGUGGAUGCUCUCUUCCAAGAAGACUUUAAUAAAACACCAGAGCAGCUUUUUAAAACGUUUGACUAUGAACCCAUAGCUGCUGCCAGCCUGGCCCAGGUUCACAAAGCAGAACUGUUAGAUGGGACUCCAGUCGCUGUGAAGGUGCAGUACAUUGACCUCAGGGAUCGGUUUGAUGGUGAUAUCAGAACACUGGAGAUCCUGCUGGAUAUUAUUAAGUUCAUGCACCCCAGCUUUGGAUUCAGAUGGGUUCUUAAGGACUUGAAGGGUACUUUGGCACAAGAGCUGGACUUUGAGAACGAAGCCAGGAAUUCUGAGAGGUGCGCUGAGGAGCUGAAACACUUCCCUUUUGUUGUUGUACCCAAAGUCUUCUGGGAGCAAACUAGUAAGAGAGUGUUGACAGCAGAGUUUUGCAAUGGCUGCAAAAUCAACAAUGUGGAAGAAAUUAAAAGACAAGGAUUAAGUUUGAAAGAUACUGCAGAUAAACUGAUCCGAACAUUUGCUGAGCAAAUAUUCUACACCGGUUUCAUCCAUGCUGACCCUCAUCCCGGAAAUGUAUUAACUACAACAUCACCAGUUCUAGUGAGACGAGGUCCCGAUAACAAGGCAGAGUUGGUACUGUUGGACCACGGCUUGUACGAAUACCUCAGUCAAUGUGACAGAGUGGCCCUUUGUAAACUGUGGAGGUCCAUAAUCCUGAGAGACCAAGCAGCAAUGGAGAAGUACUCCAAUGCACUUGGUGUCAAAGAGUACUUCCUCUUCUGCGAGAUGCUGCUGCAGCGACCCAUCAACAUGCGAGAGCUGGGUCUGUCCAACAUCCUGAGCCGAGAGGAGACAACCUACAUGCGUGAAAUGGCCAGCCAGCGCUUCGACAGCAUCAUGCAGGUGCUCAAGUCGAUGCCCCGGCCCAUGCUGCUCGUCUUCCGGAACAUCAACACGGUGCGAAGCAUCAACAUCACUCUGGGAGCACCCGUGGACCGCUACUUUGUCAUGGCCAAGAGUGCGGUGCGAGGCUGGGGGAAGAUUCAGGCUGAGAGGACAGGGAUUCUGGCCCGGCUCUGGGUCCUCCGCUGGGUGAGGACAACAUGGGAGAGUCUCAAGUUUGAACUGGCUUUGAGAUGGGAGAUGAAGGUAAUGAGUCUGAUGCGUUCCACCCUGAGCCUGCUGUCGUACUUCGGUGUCAUAUCUCUGGACGCAGACAUGUACGAGUACCUGAGAUAGUACACAGACGUCAACACCGUGAAGGAACGGAGAAUAAGGACCUAUGCCAAGCAUAAGUUCAUGCAACCCAACAGCAGGGAGCCUUUCACUACUAUAGCAGCUCCACAAGCUACUAUUAAUGGUGCUGCUCAAGUGUGCUCAUUGUUUCCACACCAAAUCAUCCUGAACUCUGGUGUCAGAAGUAACUGCGGAAUGCAAAGCACCAAACUUACUCCAGAAUAGACUCCCAGAACCUAACAGGCUAUUUUAAUGCUUUUAAAUUCAUUAUUACAUAGAUUUUUGGCUAUUUACAUAUUUAAAUUUAAGAUUAGUGUAAUUUUAGUACAGCAAAUUGUUUUGAAAUCCAAAUGUAAAGAUAUUUUAAGCUGCAGUUUAUUUUAAAAAACUGGCAACAUUACUCAGUUAUUCUAUCAGCAGCCGCGGCGUCCUGGCCAAGCAACAACAUAUAUCAUUGUCUCCCUCAUUGUCCUGAAACAUUUCAUUGUAAAACUGCUGCUUUAAUGACAGGUGAUUAAAUACAGGUACAUGAAAUACAGUACAUUUUUAUAUUUCUGUUCGGUUUUACUUAGAGAACUAUGCGGUUUGGUGAUUUUGGUCCCACUUUUGGUCCUGAGUUCAACAAUGAGAUACACUGCUUAUAGGUCAAAAGAGAAGUCCAGUGUGACCAAACCAAAUGUUUUUCAAUUAUUUUAGCAAUAUGAAUAAAAUGUUCUACCUCCUUUUUCAA